AUGGAGGAGCUCCACUUGGAUGAUCAUGAGUCCUUCUACAACUUUUUGAGAGUAACGCCGCCAAUGUUUGACGAACUUCUUGAACGCAUUACUUCCUUUAUAGAAAAAGAAGGCACUAACUACAGGAAGGCUCUGGAACCAGUGAUGAAACUUGCUAUCAUGCUGCGUCAUCAUGGAAUAAGAUAUUCUUAUGCCACCCUUCAAUAUGAUUUCAGGGUACCUAGAAACACAAUCUGUUUAUUGGUGAGAGAAGUUUGUGAUGCCCUGGUCAUGGAGCUCAAGAACGGAGUCAUCACAUGCCCUGUAGACAGCGAGGCUUUGAAACAAAUUGUAGAGGAGUUCAUGACGCGAUGGAAUAUGCCGCAUGCCUGUGGUGCUCUAGAUGGGAAACAUGUUGCCAUCAGAAAACCUCCUAAGACUGGAACCAUGUACUAUAACUACCAAUGUUUCCAUUCAAUCGUCCUAAUGGCCCUGGUAGGUGCAGAGUACAAGUACCUGUGGAUAGAUGUUAGUGUUUUUGGAAGCCAGUCAGAUGCUCAGAACUGA